AUGAGAGUAGGUAAGGGUUGUGGAAGGUGUCGCACUCGCCAUAUCCGAUGUGUGAUUCCCGCUGGCGCCUCAGCCUGCACCCCAUGCUCCCGGCUAGGUCGGGAGUGUCAUCUCGAUCCCCGGUUUCAGUUCAAGGCUGUUCAUCAGGUCUACCAGAAGAGCAAUGGGGCCCCUGCGCGGUUUGAUUUGGCCUGGGAUGAGGAGCAAGUCUGGGUUGAUGUGUCUCGCCCUGGUAAGCAGUUGGAUAUGGAAGGCUUUGGGCAUGCACUAAUCGAAUACGACCAUGGACAGCCCCGUGAGCUUUGUAUGGAGGAAAUGGGCAACGCUAGUGCUGGUAGCCCUGCGAUGCACGAGAAUCAACAUCGACAGAACCCCGCCAAUGAUCCGCUUAAUAAACCCUCCGGUGAUAAAUCAACAUUAUCAUUGAGAGAAGCAUCCCUGAUGCGCUAUUUUACUCAGAAAAUAGCACCCUGGGCCGAUAUUUGCGAUAUCCAGUCUCACUUCAGCACUGAGGUCCCAAAGAGAGCCCUGCAGAGCCCGAUGGUCCUCAAAGCAAUUUUGGCCCUAUCUGCACGCCAUGAUGCUAUUCUGGCUGGCGAUAGUGAUUUGGAGGCUUCGGGCUAUCAUGGACAAUGCCUGGAGCUAUUGAUUGCGGCACUAGACCAAGCCGAAACGAACUGUGACGAAAACAUGUUAAUUGCGGUUGUGACUCUUCGUAUAUAUGAAGAGCUCGAGAACAAUGCUGACCAGCAGUUUCAUCUACUAGGAUCUAACGGGCUAGUCAACCUUGUGGCACGCUCUGCAUCCUCUGGUGGAUUAGCAGAGGCAGUGAGUUGGCAGUUCUUGCGACAGGCUAUCUACGCAUCGAUAGUUCAGUAUCAACCACUGCAGCUAAACAUGCAAAACUACGAACGCUCAUCAAUGUUCCAUCGCCACGACGAUGCUGCCUGUGCUAAUGUGAUCGUCUAUCACUGUGCGCGUAUAAUCCAGCUUUGUUCCAAUGCGCCCGGAAGAAUUGUGGAUCGAGAAGCCUGGCGCAACAUCUCAGAAAGUGUAAAUGAGUGGAACCGAACAAAGCCCGUGACCUGGCAGCCAUUACGGUACCAGGCACCGGAUGUGUCAGCUGAUAGACCCUUUCCUGAGCUAUGGAUGAUAUCUCCACCUGCAGGUAUAUCUAAAAUUAUGGGGUAUCUCGAAAUAUUUGAGUGCUGA